UUCUCUGACCCGCAGAUGUGUCGGUCUUGUGUUGCAGUAUCCUCGGCCAGCUCGAGCUUGGCCGCAUCAGCGCCGCACCUUCCCAACGGUGGCCACCAUCACCACCACCACCACCACGGUCACCACCAGCCGCAGCCGCCGUCCACACAGCAGCAGCAGCAGCAACAGCAGCAUCAGGCGCAGCAGCAGCAACAACAACAGCAACCGCAGCAACAGCCGCAGCCGCAGCCACACCCGUCCAUGCUGAGCGCGGCGAGAAUCAGGGAGCAGCGGGAGCGCGACAGGGAGCAGCGCGAGCGGAGGGAGCGGGAGCGGGAGCGCGAGAGGGAGCUGGAGAGGGACAGGGAGAGGGAAGUCCUGACGGGACACGCCCCGCCCAUACACCCCGCCCACCGACCCUCCCCGAUGAUGGCUCAUCACUCCUACCAGGUGCCGGAGAAAGGCCAUGGUACUAGCAAUGGACUUUUGAAUGGAAUAGCAUCUUCAAUCAGUCGACUAGCUGCCAACAACUGUGAUUUGACGAUAACAACCACUAAUACUCCGUCGGGAAGUGCCUCGCCACCCCAAGCUCACAGUUUUCACAACAAUAAUAACAAUAUUAGUACUAGUAAUAAUAAUAAUAACAAUAAUAGCUCAAAUGUCAACAACAACAAUCGACACUCACCUCUACAAUUACAAAUUAAAAGUAGCAACACUGGGGGUGGUGGAGGCAGCCAGCAUUCUGGAAGCUCUACCGGGGCUCUCAGUCCCGUAUCUGAUCUAUUAGACGACAAUCCAAAUCAACCUACUAUCAACCAAGCCAAUACUAAUAUGGUGGAUGGAAUAAACUUGGAUGAGAUAAAGGAGUUUGCAAAAGCCUUCAAAAUAAGACGUCUCUCCCUAGGACUGACUCAGACUCAAGUGGGUCAGGCUUUGUCUAUAACUGAGGGUCCCGCUUACAGCCAAAGUGCCAUCUGCAGUGCCCUGGCCACGCAGAUGAUAUGUGCCGCUCAGAUAGCCAACCAGCGUCCAAAUGUAUUUGAGAAACUUGAUAUCACCCCAAAGAGUGCCCAAAAGAUUAAACCUGUUUUGGAACACUGGAUGAAGGAAGCAGAGGAAAGGUACAAAAUAGGACAAAAUCACCUAACUGAAUUCAUUGGAAUGGAACCAUCCAAGAAAAGAAAACGGCGCACUUCUUUCACUCCACAAGCUUUAGAGCUACUAAACCAUCAUUUUGAAAGAAAUACUCAUCCCUCAGGUACUGAAAUCACUGCACUUGCUCAUCAACUGGGUUAUGAUCGCGAGGUGAUACGCAUUUGGUUCUGCAACAAAAGACAAGCACUAAAAAACACAGUUCGAAUGAUGUCCAAAGAUAGUAAUUGGACUAAAGAUGAAGAGUUAAAUGGUGCUAGAAAAGCUUGACUUUUCAAGUGUGAUAAAUGCAGGACACUAUAGCUGCAUUGCAUUUGACCUACAAACAAGAAGUCAUAAGUGAUCACAAACUAUUCAGUGACUGAAAACUUGGUUAGUUACCCUAACACAAGUUGCCUUUACAGGGUGAUAUCUUUCAAAAGAAAACAACUUUGACAAACUUGUGAUUAUUUUACUGAAAGUGAAAAGUGUUGUCUCUAGUCCUAAAUUAAUUUGAGAAAUCUUCUCUCCUACUUCCACGGCAUUAGAUGCUGACAUUUAUUCCCUAAUUGUUCAAUUGUUUUGAGGCAGAGUCUGUUAAAUUUGUUCAUGUCUUCACUUAUUACAUGAGUACAGUAUUAGCUAGCUAAAACCUAAGGUUAGUCUUCCUGUUAAUAUAUACAACUGUGCUUUAUUGUCUGGGUUGAAGUCAGUCCCACAACCCAGAAAGGAAAAGAUUUGAACAUUUAAACAUGCUCCUAUGAAAAUGUUUUACUUAGUCUUGUUUUUUCCUUCACUGUAUGUAGUAGAGAAAGACUUCUCAAAAAUGCAGUGUUUGGAAGCAAUGGUUGCUCCUUUGAUAGAGAUUUGACAGUAUCAAAAGUGUCAAGAGUGAUUUUUUUUAUAAACCAUACAAAUAUUGCUAAAGACCAUUGAGUUGUAUUAGCCCAGUGGCUAUCCAAAUGAGACAAAAUAUAGCCUUAAGCAAAACUAACUUUAUUGUGAUUGUGAUGUGCCAUCUUCUGAAGAUCAGAGAAAAAUGGCACAGCUAGACCCUGAUCAAUGAGGGCAUGUGCUUUGCAAAGUCAAAGAAGGCUCACAAAGGUGCCAUAGAGCUGAAGAAUAAUGUAGAGAGUUGUAUUUGUCACAUAUGCCCUGCUUUUUCAGAGGCUUUCUGUGCAAAAUUUUUAUUACAUGUAGUAGCCUUAUGAACUUCCUCAUUUCACUCACCUCCCAGAGCUAAAACUCCCCUCUACUUCAUGUACACAUAUUUGUUAAAACAGUUCCUUGUGGUGCACAUCCGUGUUUCAUGUUACUUACUGGAAAUCUAGUUUUAGUUAAGAACUUUUAUGCACUAGUUCUCUUGGAAGUUUGAAAAUUAAUUACAACCAAAGAAAUCAUAAAUUAUAGGGAGUAAUAAAUCAGCAGACGUAUACUGGACCAUUCAAUUUAUAUGAAUCUCUUAACAAAAAUCGAAAACAAAAAUUUGUGAUAUUGAAUGAAUUACGAUGAAGAACUAACAGUCUAAAUACAUUUUACUGAUCUAAGCAGUAAAAUUUUUUGCUGUUAAUACUAUGGAAACCUCUGUAAUUUGAUUACUGUAAGAAAUUUGAGUGCAAUAAGUUAAUUUUAGUUGUUUUAGUUCUUAGAGAGUUGAUGUUGUCUUCAUAGAGGAGAAAUUAUAAUAUUGUUAUGUUAAAUGGAAAUGAAUGCAUUUAUGACAAACCAGCAAA